AUGUUGGGCUGGGUCCAGAAGGUGCUGCCUCAGCCUCCAGAGACCCCUCAGAAGACUAAGGAGGAAGCAGAACCAGAGCCAGAAGAGCUGGAGCCUGAGGCAAAGCCAGAACCUGAACCAGAGCCUCAGCUGGAGCAGGAACCAGAGCCAGAACCCGAAAUAGCCCCUGAAGAGGAUGUGCCAGAGACCCCGACCCUGCCACCUGAGGAGCCAAUGGAAGAGGAAGGUGUGGCUGAGGCUGGUCCUAGCCUUCAAGAGGUCCAGGAAACUGACCCUUCUCAGUCUACCCCUCAGGCCCAGGUGGCUGUUGCCAAGGUGAACAGCCCCAGCUCUUGGGUGCUGACCUGGUUCUGGAAGGGCCUGGAGAAGGUCGUUCCACAGCCUGUCUACAGCAGCAAGAACCUGAUUGCUGGAGUGGAAGACCCAGAUCAGGCUGGAGUACAGAUUCCGGGGCCCUGUGGCACCGGGGAAUCAGGGUCUGCAGAUGGUUCAGACGAAGCUUCCAGGGCUCACAAUACUGAACCCAGCCUGUGGCUGCUCAGGUGGCUUGAACAGAACCUGGAGAAAGUGCUGCCUCAGCCCCCUAAAUCCUCUGAGGCCUGGAGAGCUGAACCUGAACCUGAACCUGAGGCUGCUGUCUUGGACCCAGAUCCUCCAGAACUCCCGAUGGAGACAGAGCCCACAGAGAGUCCCUUCCAGCCCAAUCCUGGAACCCUGGAGCCCAAGGAGAAGCCAGCUGCAGAGCCCCAGCCUGGUUUCCAAGCCUCUUCCCUGCCACCACCUGGGGACCCUGUCAGGCUGAUGGAGUGGCUGUUACACAGGCUGGAGAUGGCCCUGCCGCAGCCCCUGCUGCACGGGAAGGCUACAGAGCAGGAACCUGGCUGCCCUGAGACAUGUGAUGUGCAGACCAUCAGCAUCCUCCCGGCGGAACAGGUAGAGCAUGAUCUUAUCCUGGAGGAGGUGGAUCCCUGCUGGGAGGACAUCCAGGAGGAAGACAGUGCCAGCCAGCAGGAGGGCAGUGCCUGUCAGCAGGAGGACAGUGCCUGUUACCAGGAAGACAGUGCCAGCCAGCAGGAGAGCAGUGCCUGUCAGCAGGAAGACAGUGCCAGCCAGCUGGAGAGCAGUGCCAGCCAGCAGGAGGACAGUGCCAGCCAGCAGGAGGACAAUGCCUGUCACCAGGAAGACAGUGCCAGCCAGCAGGAAGACAGUGUCAGCCAGCAGGAGGACAAUGCCUGUCACCAGGAAGACAGUGUCAGCCAGCAGGAGACAGAGGAAGCUCUGGCUUAUGAAGAAGAAAAGGAAAGAGAAGAGGAUGAGGAGGAAGAGGAGGAGGAUGGGGAGGAAGAGGAGCCUGUUGUCCUGCUGGAUAGCUGUUUGGCAGUACAGGCUGAUGUGGACCAGUGCCACCUAGGCAGGACACAGCCACAGAUAACAUCGCUGCAGGAGUUGCCAGAGGAGGAGGAGGCGGAGGAAGUGGAAGAGGAGGUGAAGGAGGAGGAGGCCACAAGCUCAACUGAAGAUGUCUUUCAAAGGUACCGGGGAAAUGCUGCCCAGAGUACAGUACCAGGCACAAAGGAGCACCCAGAGCUCCAGGUAGAGGACACGGAUGCUGAUGCUGACAGUCUCCCCCUCAUCCCAGAGGAGAAGGUCCCUUCACCGGAGAGACCACCUUCUCCUACCAAAUCUGAUACCCUCAGGGUCCCGGGCUCCGCUGCAGCAGUCCACAGGAAGAAGCUACCUUCUCAGGACGAUGAAGCUGAAGAGCUCAAGGCACUGUCACCCGCUGAGUCCCCAGUGGUUGCCUGGUCAGACCCCACCACCCCACAGGAGGCUGAUGGUCAGGACCGUGCGGCCUCCACAGCCAGCCAGAACAGUGCCAUCAUCAACGACCGGCUCCAGGAGCUGGUGAAGCUGUUCAAGGAGCGCACGGAGAAGGUGAAGGAGAAGCUCAUUGACCCCGACGUCACCUCCGAUGAGGAGAGCCCCAAGCCCUCCCCAGCCAAGAAGGCCCCAGAGCCGACCCCGGCGCAGAAGCCCGCGGAGGCGGAGGCAGCAGAGGAGGAACACUACUGUGACAUGCUCUGUUGCAAGUUCAAACACAGGCCCUGGAAGAUGUACCGGUUCCCCCAGAGCAUCGACCCGCUGACCAAUCUCAUGUACAUCUUGUGGCUGUUCUUCGUGGUGCUGGCCUGGAACUGGAACUGCUGGCUGAUCCCCGUGAGGUGGGCCUUCCCGUACCAGCGGCCGGACAACAUCCACUUCUGGCUGGUGAUGGAUUACCUGUGUGAUCUCAUCUACCUCCUGGACAUCACCGUGUUCCAGAUGCGCCUGCAGUUCGUCAAAGGCGGGGACAUCAUUACAGACAAAAAGGAGAUGCGUAAUAACUAUCUGAAGUCUCGCCGGUUUAAGAUGGACGUGCUCUGCCUCCUGCCCUUGGACUUCCUCUACUUGAAACUCGGAGUGAACCCCCUCCUUCGCCUGCCCCGCUGCUUGAAGUACAUGGCCUUCUUCGAGUUUAAUAACCGCUUGGAAGCCAUCCUCAGCAAAGCCUACGUUUACAGGGUCAUCAGGACCACUGCCUACCUGCUGUACAGCUUACACCUCAACUCGUGUCUUUACUACUGGGCAUCGGCCUUCCAGGGCAUCGGUUCAACUCACUGGGUUUAUGACGGCGUGGGGAACAGUUACAUCCGAUGCUACUACUGGGCUGUGAAAACUCUCAUCACGAUUGGAGGACUGCCCGACCCCCAGACGCUCUUCGAAAUUGUCUUCCAGCUGCUGAAUUAUUUCACAGGUGUCUUCGCUUUCUCUGUGAUGAUUGGACAGAUGAGAGACGUGGUGGGAGCCGCCACAGCAGGCCAGACCUACUACCGCAGCUGCAUGGACAGUACGGUGAAGUACAUGAACUUCUACAAGAUCCCCAGGUCUGUGCAGAACCGUGUCAAGACCUGGUAUGAGUAUACCUGGCAUUCACAAGGCAUGCUAGAUGAGUCAGAGCUGAUGGUGCAGCUUCCAGACAAGAUGAGACUGGACCUGGCCAUCGAUGUGAACUACGACAUUGUCAGCAAAGUGGCGCUCUUCCAGGGCUGUGACCGGCAGAUGAUCUUCGACAUGCUCAAGCGCCUUCGCUCGGUUGUCUACCUGCCCAAUGACUAUGUGUGCAAGAAGGGGGAGAUUGGCCGCGAGAUGUACAUCAUCCAGGCAGGGCAGGUGCAGGUGCUGGGCGGUCCAGAUGGGAAAGCCGUGCUGGUGACACUCAAAGCCGGAUCGGUGUUUGGAGAGAUCAGCUUGCUGGCUGUGGGGGGCGGGAACCGGCGCACGGCCAAUGUGGUGGCCCAUGGGUUCACCAACCUCUUCAUUCUGGACAAGAAGGACUUGAAUGAAAUUUUGGUGCAUUACCCUGAAUCUCAGAAGUUGCUCCGGAAGAAGGCCAGGCGCAUGCUGAGAAACAACAACAAGCCCAAGGAGGAGAAGAGUGUACUUAUCCUGCCCCCACGUGCGGGCACCCCGAAACUCUUCAAUGCCGCCCUCGCUGCAGCAGGAAAGAUGGGCGGCAGGGGCGCCAAGGGUGGCAAGCUUGCCCACCUGAGAGCCAGGCUCAAGGAACUGGCCGCAUUGGAGGCAGCCGCGCGGCAGCAGCAGCUGCUGGAACAGGCCAAGAGCUCACAGGAAGCUGGGGGAGAGGAGGGCUCCCAAGCUGCGGACCAACCUGCGCCCCAGGAACAGCCAGAACCCAAGAAGCCCCAGGAGCCCCCAGAGCCUCAGGAGCCCCCAGAGCCCCCAGCCCCACACUCUCCACCGCCGGCCCAGGGGAAGCCGGAGGGUGGCACGGAGGAGGUGGCGGCUGGGCCCUCGGAGCCCCCGGAUCCCCCGGAGCCCUCAGUGAGGAUCCGCGUGAGCCCAGGCCCGGAUCCUGAGGAGCAGACGCUGUCGGUGGAGAUGCUGGAGGAGAAGAAGGAAGAAGCACAGUGAGGCACAUGCAGUGCCCCAUGAUCCAUGAUCCCCAUCCCCGGGUGCACACCUGGCGUUAGAACUGCCUGCCUGGACAGUCUCGUGGAAACCCUCAAACGUUGGUGAUGUUCUUGCACUUCUACUAUGGGUGGAGCACCCUGCCCCCUCCCACAGUUGUUAUUUUCAAGAAGAAACCUGCCUUGCACUUUUAAAAGUUUUUAGGAGGGAAGAGAAGAGGGCUCCGACAUCACGGAGUGCUCUACUAGAAAAAUCAAGGGUUGAUGAUAAGGCAGGGUCCCCACCAGAACCCAUCCUUGGUUUAAGUGAUGGGGAAGAGCUGGAAUGGGAACCCAGAACUGGGGAAGCUGAGGCAGGAGGAUCCUUGGAUCAAAGUCAACCAGGGUUACAUAGUGAGAAUCUGCCUCAAAACAAACCAAUAGCAAAACAGCUUAGGAGUUCCAAGUUCCUGCAACACAGGAGUCUCGGCGAUGGCAGAGCAGGCGAUCCAGGCACUCUGUACACUGCAGGUAACGAUUGGCAUUCUCUCACCCUUUUAAAGUUUUGCUUAUUUUAGAGGCAAUGACAUUAAAAGUUCUCUGUGCUAUUCCUGGCACCCGUCCUCCCUGACCA